AUGGGAGGAAAGAAAUCGGCAGGGGAGAACACGAAGAAGGCUUCUGGGAACGCGCAAAAGGCCGAAGCCGCAGCUGCCAAAGCUGCCCAGCAGAACGCAAAGAAAGCUCAGGAGGAGGACGAAGAAUGGAGCAAGGGCGCAAAGAGCAACGCUAAGAAGGAAGCCGAAGCCGCAAAGAAAGCAGAGCAGGCGCGCAAGAAAGCCGAGAAAGACGCCCUCCUGGCGGAAGAAGAGAAAGGUGCUCGCGCGCUGCCCAAGAACUCCAAGACCGCCGUCAAGAAAUCCGCCGUGUCCCGACCCCUCGACCUCUCUUCCCUCGACGACGCCCCGCCCGCUGCGCUCAAUGCUACAGGUAUCGACAACGCGCUCGAUGCGUUGUCGCUGACGACGGAGGCGAAUGCGAAGAUUGAUAAGCAUCCCGAGAGAAGGUUCAAGGCGGCAUUUGCGGCCUUUGAGGAGAGGCGGCUGAAGGAGAUGGAGAGUGAUGGCAGCGGGCAGGGUCUGAGGCAGAACCAGAAGAAGGAGAGGAUCCGCAAGGAGUUUGAGAAGAGUGAGGAGAAUCCGUUCAAUCAGGUCUCUGCGAGGUAUGAUGCGAGCAAGGAGGAGGUGAAGCAGUUGAGGGAGCAGGAGAGGGCGAAGAUUGAGGGGAGAUUGGGGGCAAAGUAA